ACUAUUUAGGUAUUAAUGUUACUGCACAAGUCUCUGUGGUAUAAUUUGUCCGCCUCGUUAGCAAGGACCAUCUGAAGUUCUGGAUAAAAUGGCAUUUAAAGCGUUGCGUCUCUUCACGUCUGCAGCGUUGUUGGCUUCGUACUCAAUGAUUUUCGUGUCAUCUGAGAUGGAAGCUCUUCAACGUGAAAGUAAUGCCACCAAUGGUACCACACUGGCAACAAUGACGAUGAUGAUGACAACGAAAAUGUUGCCAACAAAUGUGGGAGGUCUCCAUUCACCUGCAAGCAAUGUUACCAGAGGAAGUACGAUUGCGACAUCCAGCCAAACAAAAUCAAGGGCCGCAACCACCAGCCAGAAGCCUGUUCAUUCCACUACAGGUGUCACCAGCACCACUGCUUACACUUGUGCAAGCUCCACUUUCCAUGCAGUGAGCUUCUUUGGGGGCAUAGUGCUAACCUUGGUCGUGACCCUCACAGUUUUCCUGGGAUAUAGGUUCUCUUGCUCGAAGCCAGAAGUGCGGUACCGCGCCAUAGAGGAGCAUGAAGCCAUAAUAUAAUGAAGCUGAAAGAAAGGACACCAUUAAUGACCUCCUUGCAUCAACAUUCAAGAUGACAGAAAUAUAGUUUUUUCUAAAAUUGUAUGGUCAACAUCAAUAUAUAAUGACAUUUUUUUUCUGCACAAUUGAAAAUCAUGGUAUAUACCUGAAACAAUGCAGUUGUGACAGAAAACGCACAGUAACAUUAUGU